AUGGUGGGACUAAGUGUGAUCCUGGAAAAUUACGAGGACCUGUCUGCAAAACCAUGCCCGCAAGUCAUCAGCAAAGGAAUUCUAAAAGCAGCAUCUUCAUCGUCGUCUCCAAAAUCCCCAAAUGGCGGAUUCUCCAGAAAGAAACCCUUACCUUCAUUUCUCGACAAUUGCUUCCUCUGCAACCUCAAGCUGCUGCCCGGAACGGACAUCUACAUGUACAAAGGGGACAGAGCUUUCUGUAGCGAGGAGUGCAGAUGCAGGCAGAUAUUAAUGGACGAAGAAGAUGCAAAGAGUGGUUGUACCCGGGAGUACAACCACAAUUGCUCUCUAGCUGCCACGUCAUCGUCCCCUCCAUCUUCUUCGGCUACACGUCCGGCUGAUGGGCCGAGCGUCGCCGGCGCCGGCGGCAGAAGAUGGAACGCCUUUGCCUACUGAGGAAUGAUAGUGUUUAUGAAACUUUAAUUAAAUAUCCUUUCCUUCGAUGUUUCCUAGAAUGAAGCCAGCCAGGGUUGUAAUUCAUUCCUCAUUGCAUUUUGGUUUUUUUGAGUUUGAGUGGCAAAACUGCUGGCAGAGAAAUUCAAGAUUGAUUUUUUCUUUUUUGGGGAGAAAGUAUUUCUAUCACAUCCAACACCAAGAUGAAGAAUUGAAGGUGAAGAAGAUGAUCCC